UCCGGGUCAGCCUGCCGGCGCCCAGGGUGUAGUCCUCGUUUGGUUUGAGGCGGCCGGCCUUGGUCUCCGACUUCUUCUCACAAGCGGGUUUCUAGCGUCGGAGAAAAUGCUGCAGAUUCAUUUGCAAAGUUACCUCAGGGGCCCACAAAACCCAUGAUGUAAUCUUCAGAAAAGAACAGGAGAAAAAUGUCUGGAGAGAAAAAGAGCCAAUCCAGGACUUGCAUAUGGAAACAGAUAGGGAAAUAGGCAUCGUGACAGAGAAGCUUAUCCCAAAGAUUAUGAUAUAGAGGGUCCUGAGGAAGUGAAAAAACUGUGUAAUUCAACAUAUUGGCGACUUGGAACCAGUGAACCCCCAAUUUGGAUAUCAGAAACACAUGAAAAAAUGGCACAAGUUUGUUUAAACACAGAUUUGGCUGAAAUAAAGAGCAGAGCUUUAUUGAAUGAGGAAACAAUGAGCUCUGGGAUUAUUAAAAGGGACACUGGAUUGCCUACUACAGGCUUUGGAGCUCUCUUUACUCGACACCCACCAGAUUGGCGCAAAAUGUAUACAUUGACAACAUAUGCUGAAGAAUAUGCUCCACCAUAUGAAUAUCAGCCACUUGAUUAUCCUUGUCAAGAUGAUUAUUCAAUAGUCCACAGAAAAUGCCGGUCUCAGUUCACAGAUCUAAAUGGUUCCAAAAGAUUUGGCAUUAACACUUGGCACAACGAGAGUGGGAUUUAUGCCAAUUCAUAUGUAAAACAAAAACUUUACCAAUUAACAAGUGGUCCUAUUGUCCCCUUUUUAAAAUAACUAAUGAAAGGUAAUGGAUGUAACAGUUGAUGAUUUUCUAUUGUAAUAAAUGCAAUGGAAGUAUUACCAUAGUAGGUUCCUCUAACACAAAAUCUUAUAUUCUAGACCAGUGUGUAUAUCCUCCUUUUCAUAAGCUACUCUGAUAUUUUCCAAAAUUUAGUAUGUUUAUCAUUGAGGGUAUGCAACCCUCAACCAUAUGGUACUUGGAGGAAUUUUAUCUUAUUUUAUUUUAUUGACUGUAUUUAUUUUAAAUCUUAUUAGGAAAAAUGCAUAAUGCUAACACCGUCAAGCUUAUAAUUGUUUAGGGUGCACCUAAUUUUAAAAAAAGUGACAUUACUUAAAACUUAAAUUGUACUUUUAAGUGAAUAAAAAUUUAGGUGAUACUCAAAUUCGACAAGUUUCAGCAACACUUGUCCUGGGAUGAAGAGAGAGUUUACAGAAAGCCAACAUUCAGUAUUUCUUGUUUUUAAUAAUAUUGAGUGUGUGUGUGUAUGUGUGUGUUGCGGGGAGUGUGUCUGUUUAUGUUUAAUAUAUCUAUGGUGGCUAGCUACACGGUGGAUUAUCAUCGGCAUAAUCAACAUAUUUUUCCUUAUUCAGUAUAACACUUUUUGAUUGUAUGGGGUAGCAGAGAUACAGACAGAAUCCUAGUGAAACUUUAGGGGUUUGAUGGAAAAUCCAAUCAUCUAGUGUCAGAUUUAGAAGAAAUCCUAGCAGUUGUUUUGACUUAGCCUUCGAUUUUACAGAUGAGCAGAGACUCACGAAGUUUCAAGAAGGUUGCCCAGGGUUAUAUAAAUAGCACAUUCUAGUUGAUCUUUGAGCGGUGGUUGAACUUUUAAUUUUUCUGAGGAUGGGUUUAUUUAUUUGGUAAGCCUAAGCUAAAUUUAUUCUCGUUUUCCUUUUUAAAAAAUUCAUGAAAUAGUAUUUCAUGAUAAAUGCUAAUUUGAUUAGCAAAAUGUGGGAAAGACUAUAAGCUUUAUGAGUAGAGAAAUAAUAACUAAUAAAGAAAAUGUGGAUAUGCCAAGGAAGCAUUCACCAGCAGAGUUUUAUUAUAAUUUCUUGCUGCUUUAAAGUGUGUCUGACAUGUACACAAAUAUAUAUGUGUAUUAUACAUACAUGUGAUGUUAAUUCUUUGUAUAUUACCUAUUAUAGUGGAUACCUACCUAGGAUUAUCUUUCCUUCCACAGACUACAAAUUUAAGUUUAAACAUUCAUUAACAUAUCUAGGAUGCACAGCUGUUUGAAGUAUGCAAAUCUGGAUGUCAAGCUACUCAUAAUUUGAUUUUUUUCUUUUUGUAAGGAAGACAUCUUAAUGACCAUAUCAUUACCUUUGAACAAUGCCUUUUACUUAGGAAAAAAAAUCCACCUACUUUAGUAGGAAUUUGAUAUUGUCACAAUGAUUAACAUCACAUUUUGCAUAAAUGACCUGGGUCUGCCAUGAGGGAUCAAUUUAUAAAUCAGCUUUGGCUUGGUUAGACAGAGAAUUAAGUAAGAGGGAUUUUUAAACUGGUAGGGUAAAGUGAUGCAUUGGAAAAAAAAAGAUUACUUAGAUCUUUUAGGUAUAAUUAUUUUGUGUUGAUUUGGAUUUCUUUACAUAACUGCUUUAAUGGUUCUCACCAGAAUCAAAGACCAUUUCAAACAACAAAAACUGGAACUCGGAUUUGAUCAUUGGAGAAAUAUCUUCUUUAGGAAGCGACCACACUGCCUCCUGAUGGUUCUACACGUACACUUCAUAGGAUUUCACCUGAGACAUGAAAAUAACACUAUCUUUUGUGUUUAUACAGUUAUCAUUCAUAUUUAUUCAGUACUUUUCUUUUGCCUGUUAUGUGUUGUUAUGUCAGAACUGUUGGUGUGAGCUCACUGUAGCAGAAUGCAGACUGCUGCUGGGAGAAUGGGAGAUGGGUUGGGCAGAUCCCAAGUAGAUAUAUAACAAUGGUGGUCCUUGAGUUAAGUUUGGCCUACAGAUAUGUUUUAUGUUAGUCUUCAGAGUUUUUUUUUUCCCCCAUUCAUCUUGAAAAAUUGAGCCAAAUUUUAUAGACUAGGACAUUUUGCUUUAAAAUACGACUUUUUAUGUCCUUGACAAAUUGGCAGAUCUGGCAGCACUGGUCUGAUUUUGAUACAGCAGUAAUCAGCAGGGGUAUGGUGGGAGACCCUCUUUAGAUGGGGUAAGUUCAUCAUUUUGCUGCAAUUCUCACCUGGUAUAUUUCUUAUUUAUGGAAGGCAUUCUGCCCCUUUACCUAAGGAGAGGUUGGACAAAUAUGAAAUAAGUUGUAGAGGGAAAGGGGUGGUAGAAAAGUGACAAAAUUGAUAGCUUCUUGGUGACUGAGAUUAGGAUGACAAAGGCAGAGGCUGCAUCCUUAAAGUAGGGACAGCAAAUCUGGUUGAGUUCAAGUAGGAAUUGAGAUCCUGGAGUAGAUGAUAUAGAAAGCAGAGAUGGAGAGUGGGCCAAAGUCUUCACUUUAGAAGUACAGAGUAGAGAAAUCUCAGAUCCUCUGGUUUAUACUGGGAAUCCAUUUGUGCUGAGGCAAGAAGUGAGAGUACUAGACUCAACCCCUAGGAUAUGGAGCAAGUAGAUGAAGACAAGAAGCAGAGCCCAGCCAGCUUACUGGUUUAUUUACAUAGGAAAAUAACUCCCUGGAUUCCAGUGCUCCAGAGAUACAGGAAAACUCCAGAUUCAGGAAGACCCUAGGCAGAAAUGGUGAAGUCCUUCCUAUGGGGCAUAGAGAAUAUGCGGCAGGCUGGGAGAGCCCACAAAAAUGCCUGGCACUGCCAGCAUCAAGAAUAGAGCAGCAGAAAGAUUAUCUUCUAAAACUAUACUGACCAAAAGCUAACUUUAUUUCAGAGUCAGUGGCAGAGCAGUUUGCCAAUAGCUGGAAGCUCACUCCAAAUAGCUGUGGUAGGGCAAGCACAAGGCAACCAUUGUAAAUCAAAGUGGAAAACCCAAACAAAAUCUCACAUAGUAAGUCAGUGUCCCAAAUACGAAGAUCCUAAGCUUUGUAAAAAAAAUUUUAACAGCUUUAUUGAGAUAUGAUUCACAUACCAUAAAGUUCACCCUUUUAAAAUGUGUAAUUCAAUUAUUUUUGGUAGAUUCAGAGAGAUGUGCUACCAUUAACACAAUCAAUUUAGAACAUUCUCACCACACUCAAAAGAAACCCCAUAUCCAUUAGUUGUCAUUCCCCACUCCCUCCCAAUCUUUCAGUUCUAAGCAACCACUUCUGUCUCUAUAGAUUUGCCUAUUCUUGUUAUUUUAUGUAAGUGACAUCAUGGUCUUUUGUGACUGGUUUCUUUCACUUAGCAUAAUGUUUUCAAGGUUUCAGGUUGAAUGAAAUAUUAGUGCUUCAUUCUUUUUUUGGCUGAAUAAUAUUCCAUUAUAUAGCU